CCGGGCCCUGCCCCUGGGCUCUGCGGGAGGCUGUGGGCUGAGCGGGUCCGGGCCGACGCACACCGGGCCGGGCAGGAUGUCGCGCCAGGCCGGUCGGGGCACCGAGAGCAAGAAAAUGAGCUCGGAGCUCUUCACUCUGACCUAUGGAGCUUUGGUCACUCAGCUAUGUAAGGAUUAUGAGAACGACGAAGAUGUUAAUAAACAGCUUGACAAAAUGGGCUACAACAUUGGAGUUCGGCUAAUAGAAGAUUUUCUGGCCCGGUCCAAUGUAGGUAGAUGCCAUGACUUCCGGGAAACUGCAGAUGUAAUUGCAAAGGUGGCAUUUAAAAUGUAUCUGGGCAUCACCCCGAGCAUCACUAACUGGAGCCCGGCAGGCGAUGAGUUCUCCCUCAUCUUGGAAAAUAACCCUCUGGUGGACUUUGUGGAGCUGCCUGAUAACCACUCAUCUCUUAUUUACUCCAACCUCUUGUGUGGGGUGCUGCGAGGAGCCUUGGAAAUGGUUCAGAUGGCUGUGGAUGUGAAAUUUGUCCAGGAUACAUUGAAAGGAGAUGGCGUCACAGAAAUCCGGAUGAAAUUUGUUAGGCGGAUUGAAGACAAUCUCCCAGCUGGAGAGGAGUGAGCCACAGCACAGUCUCCCCAAGGGACUGGAGGGACUAGCUGCUGUGGCCUAUAGUUCUUGUCAUGGAUUCAUAGGGAUUUAGUGCCCCCUUUAAAUUCCAACUCCUAAAGACUCACUGACUGUUUAAGUUGUUACAUUUCCAUUUCCAUAUAAGACAACUCUCUGGGUUACUCUACUUAUCCCACAGGCUCAUUCUAAAGAUUUUCAUAGGGUGGAUAACUUUUUCAUACGACCCACAGAGACUCUUUCUACACUCAGUUUUUAGCUGGAUAUUCGGCUGUGGGCAAAGUUUGCUCCUUAAGCGCUAAAAGAUCUGCAGGCGAUUCAAGUAUGGGACUGAGUUUCAUAACCAAAAGAGAACCCACUACGGGAGCUGUUUUCUUCUUGAGACACAUGCAUGCCCCCACUGGGGCUUGUGAGGGCUAUGCUAGGCUUGCCGAUGGAGGAGGUGAAGCAUGUGACUGAGGGGCUAACACACGUAUGUAGCAGCAAAGAAUGAAGCAUAUAAAGUGAAAGGAAUGGGAGUGCCUAAUGGAGCACACAGUAGGUCCCUCUCUUUCCAGCUGAGGCUCUUCUUACUGAGGACACAGUACCUGUUGUUAAAACUCUGCAAUAGGCUCAUGGAGUGAGAAAGGGAUGGCAGAGCACGUCAGACCAGCCCUUUUUGUCCAAAAUAAAGCUUGAGGUCUUUUCAGUGCAAAUGAUCUGCUUCCAUUUGGGAUAAGGGUGCUCUUGGGUGAGAGGGAUUUGGUGGCAAAGUGAAAUUCUGGUUUGUCAGGGACUGUAUUUGAGGGUCAGCAGCAUCAGGCUCUUAGUUCAUUUCACAGAACAGAAUUUCAGUCGCCAUAUUAGAACCCCGAGGCUCUCACUUUUGCACUAGUCCUAUGAACAUUUCCAGUCUCUGCUGAAAAAAGUAGCCCUGGUUAGCUUGCUAUGAAUAUUAAAUAUUGUUCUCCAAAAUAUACACUGAGAUACUGCACUGAUCUCAGUUUAUUACUCAAAGCAAAGUACUCAUAGCUAAUUCUGAGUUUAAUAGUUAAAUACACAUAGAAUUAAAACCUCAUUAUCUUACGGAUUAGCCAGGGAAGGCUGCCUUAGAGUGUAGCAUCCUAACAGGAGGCUGGGCGCCUUCCUUCAGAGGAAAAUGGUAUAAAGAUGAAGAGCAUAACCAGCAUCUCGGGA